AUGCAUGCAUGGGAGAAUAUUCCGAUGGACGCAGAGGCCAAUUUUUCACCAAUGGAGACAGUUCAUGGUUCAACUAUACCAACCAAGUUGACCAUUGUACAUUCCACUGGAGUGUUUUUGCACAACGUUGUCUGGUGCAGCUGUCCUGGGGUCGAUUCCAGUACCACUCGACCACAGACUGCCUUUACUUUUGAUGUCCUCAAUCAUUUUCUAAUUGAUGCACUGGAGUGCAAGACUUCAGCAUCCAGCUUCUUUGAAAAAAUCCGUCGAAUGACCAAUAACUGUUUCCCAGAUACUGUUCCUAAUCGAUAUCGAGAACUUAUGAGAGUGUCUCGACUGUGGAGAGACUUGAUGAGUCGAAAAUGGUUUGGCUUUGCCCAUAAUGAUGAGCAGAAACCGGACAAGGGUGAUCUGGCUUGUUGGCUUGUUUCACAAAGAUAUGUGGUAGACGGGAACUUCACUGCUCAACAUAUGGUAAUGAGAAAACCACAGUUGGACAUUAGUUUGUCAGACGGGCUUGGGUAUAUGGUGAAAGAUCAAGAAUACCAGACUCAUCUGUCAUCGGCUGUAGAAAGUAAAGACGGUCUUCUUGCAGCAAUCAUCAUGCAUAUAGUUGAUUUUCAGAAGGGCGAAAGACACAUGAAUAUCGACUACUCAAUAUGCAAUGCAUUGAAUUAUCAUUCAGCUGGUAUAGACUCUUCCCUCAUCAUUUAUGAUGUGGGGUGUCAGUGGAGCAUUAAUUUUCUACAGAGAGUAGCCCAGAGCAAGGGCUUGUCUGUACCUGAAAAUAUGCACAUCGUUCCAGCAGUUGGAAAAUUCCAUCUUAGCGCUCACAAAUUAGCUUGCUUUGCAAGGUACAGCCUCAACUUUAUUCAAGGGGCUGGACAUGUUGAUGGGGAGAUUUUGGAGACUCUGUGGGCACCAUUCAAUAAGAUCUCCCCAACUGCUCGGUCAAUGAGUCAGGCUCACCGUCAAGAAGUUCUUGAUGAUCAUAUGCGAGACUCAAACUGGAAAAAAAUAGUGGGAAUAAUGAAGACUCUCUUGAAAAAGUACAAACGGGCUCUCAAAGGUGUUGAUGACACAAAGUCUCCCUUUGACGAGCUCACUCUGUCUCUGGACCCUGAGAAGAUUUCGAUAUGGAAGAUCGAUGAGAAAAAGGCCAUGGAACAAUGUGGAGAGUAUCUUGACAUCUAUCAGUUGCAGAUGAACAAAGCUCCAACUAUGGCAGAGAUUAGACUCAAAUUAACUGAGUCUGAGAAUACCGACACUAGCAAACCUGGGACAGUCUCUUGGCUCAUUACUGGCAUCAAUCUGGAGGAUUUACAGGAUGGACUAAGGGCAGAUAUUCGACAACUUCCUACUGAUGCAACCCCAGGACAGAAAGUUUCUAUAGAAGAGAAGCGACAGAGAUUGACAGCUAGGAUAGCUAAAUUUCAUGAAACAGCUGAUGCCAUGACUGCUGAUUCUGCUAUGCAGGUCAUGAUGAAAAUGGUUGGGGAGAGGGUCUCAGAUGAAGAGAUCUCAGAGUAUAUUGACGAAGAAAUCUUGGCUGAAGAGAUGGAUGUAUUGGCUCUCGGACUGGGUCCCCUCCAAGCUGAAGAAUUAGAACUUCGAAAGGGCCAAGCCAAUGACUGCCUCGAAAAGCUUCGAAUGGCCCUUGGUCAUAAGGCCAUCAUCUAUCGUCAAAGCAAGAAGCUCAACGCUGUCAGCUCAAAAUUGACAACUCCAACCGAUCUAGUCUACAGGGUGAACUGGUUGAAGGCUAAGGCUAGAUGGAAUAGAUGGCAAGAGGAAUUAAGGCUGGUAAGACAUGAAAUGGGUUGGACCAUAAACUGGUUCAAGUACCACCAGAAUGAAUGGGAGAGAAGGGGUGGCCAAGCCACCAGACCUGGUCAUCAAGCCUAUGCUUAUCAGCAGGUCUUGAUGUGGGGAAGAUUUGUUGAGGAGGCAGAGAAAAAUUUCAAUGGAUGUAGCUUAGCUAGCACUAGCUCCACUCUAUGUAGUCCACAGCUGGCCGAGAUAAUUGUAUUUAAGAUAUGGACUGGCCAGAUGGUUCCUACAGCAUUCCAUGUAAUUUUGAUACCAAUAACUGAAUUAAACCGGCCGGGAUGCAAUGUUGGAAUUGAAAACCAGCCAGUCUUGAUUCUACUGUUGUAA